UGGGUGACACCAAGUGGAGGGUUCCGUCCGUGCUCAAAAAGCUGAAAAACCACAACAGCGAAGGAGGAAGACAACAAGGGAGAAAAAAGGCAAGAAAGGACAAGGAGGAGGAGACAGAAAAAGACGAAAAAACGAGAAAACGAAAAAACGAAGAACGAAAAUAGAAAAAAGAAAAAACGAAAAAACGAAAAAAGAAAAAAGAAAAAAGAAAAAACGAAAAAACGAAAAAAGCGAAAGAACGAGAUGGGUUAUCACUCAGUCCCUCGGGAAGUAUCGAAGGUGGCCCGAGGUGAUUGCCAGUCCGAUCGAUACGUCCCGGGCUCAAGGCCCAUCAACCCAGUGAAAACCAGGUAUCAGUCCAUUCCAUCCGUGGUUCUCGUGCCUGUGACUCUUCGUUCAAGUGGGAGGCAGCGGGAGGAGGAGCGGGAGGAGCGGGAGGAGGGAUGGGAAAAGGAGAGGGAAAAGGAGGAGUGGGAGGAGGAGCGGGAGCAGGUGCGGGAGAAGGAGCGGGAGGCGAAAUGCGAAGGGGCGGAGGAGCCACGACAGGAGGAGGGGUUUAGGAGCGAGAGAAGGAGCACGAGGAGAAACGGGAAGGUGGAGGAGGAGAAGCGGGAGGAGCACGAGGACGAGCAGGAGGAGCGGCAGGAGGAAUGGGGGAAAGAGCAGGGGAAGCAGCGGAAGAAGGAGACGCAGCAGGGGCGAGAGCGGGAGCAGGAGGAGGAGGAGGAGAGGGAGGAGCAGCAGGAGAACGAGCGGGAGCGGGGCUAUGGCGGGAUCUUUGUCACGUUGUUUGGCGGAGGAGGAGCGGGAGGGGGAGGAGGAGGAGGAGGAGGAGUGGGAGGAGCGGGAGGAGCGAGAGGAGGCGUGGGAGAAGGAGCGGGGAAGGAGCGGGAGCGGGGCUAUGGCGCGGGAAGAGGAGCAGGAGGAGGGGGAGGAGGAACGGGGGGAAAAGCAGGAGAAGCAGCGGAAGGAGGACGACCAGCAGGAGGAGCGGGAGGAGCAGCAACAGAGGGAGCAAGAGAAAGAGAGGGAGGAGGAGCGGGAGGAGCGGGAGCGGGGCUAUGGCGGGAUCUUUGUCAUGCCACGUCAGCAGGACACGACAACAGUGCCACGUCAGCAACCAGUCACCACAGCAGCAGGUCACGUCAGUGCAUGGUGCUCACCCGCUCAAAGACCAGCGGCAGGGAUCAGCAGCCAGGCGAGACUACCGAGGCCUGUGAGGCCCGCAUGCUGGACAUGGUAGCAGAGUUCAAGCAACGGGCAGCUGCGGCAACAUCCGCACGUAAGAAGGAAGAUGAGGAAGCAAAGGAACAACGUCGCCUCGCUGAACAGCAGCGACAGGAGGACGCUGAGGCAGCAAGGAAGGCCGCAGACGAACGUCGUCAACUACGCCGAGACAAACUCCUCGAAUACGAGGGGGAUAUCGAGGUGAUUGCCGGCGAAUGGGCAGUGGUUGCUGAAGAGGAGGGUGCCCCCUCUGCUCUGCGUGGCCUUGCAACCACAAUCGAACAUGUGAGCGAAUUGGUCGCCACCUGUGCAGCACAACAAGAGGACAUCCUCUGCAUGGACACCUUGGUCCGGAAGCGGGCUCGUCUUCUCGACGAAUUGCUUGACCGGGUACGCCGGCUGGAACAGCAGCUUACAACAGCCACCCCCGCCGGACCCUCCAACUUGACGGACCGCGUCAAUGUCUUGGAAAUCGACGUCAAGACUCUCAAGGACGGCGCUCUAGCAACAAAUCAGCGGAUUGACCAGCAGAUUUGCGCCACCGCAGCCAGUCCGACCGCGACCACUCGCGAGAGCAUCCCAAAGUUUGACGGCCUCCCGAUCUUUUGCGAUGCAACGAAGACGGACCCGGUCCCAUGCUCACCAUACGGUGCGCCAGUUCUCUUUGUACGGAAGAAGAACAAGGAUCUUCGCUUGUGCAUCGACUACCGCAAGCUCAACGCACAGACCGUCAAGAAUGAGGGACCUCUUUCGCGGAUGGACGACCUUCUCGAGCGUUUGGGCGGCGCGAAAUUCUUCUCGAAGUUGAACUUGAAGUCGGGCUACCAUCAAAUCUCAAUACGCCCGCAAGAUUGCUACAAAUCCACGUUCAAGACACGGUACGGGCAUUUUGAGUGGAUUGUUACGCCUUUUGGCCUCACCAAUGCCCCGACGACCUUUCAAGCGGCAAUGAUCAACAAGUUUCGUGCGAUGUUGGACUGGUUCGUACUAGUUUACUUAGACGACAUUCUCGUCUGUAGCCGGACAUUGGAGGAUCAUCUUGAGCACCUUCGACGAGUGUUGGAGAUGCUCCGCCACGCCAAGUACAAAGCCAACCACGACAAGUGCGAAUUUGUCCGGCAAGAGCUGGAAUGCUUGGGCCAUUUUAUCACACCGGAGGGCAUUAGUCCGUUGUCGGACAAGAUUCAAGCCAUCCAAGAGUGGUCGGAGCCAAAGAACGUCGCAAAUGUUCGUUCCUUCCUUGGCUUAGCCGGCUAUUAUCAACGCUUCAUCAAGGGAUACGCGAAGAUCGCGGCCCCUUUAUCCAAGCUUCAUUGCGAGGACCGGCCAUUCGACUUGGACGACAAUGCGCGGACUUCCUUUUUGGCUCUCAAAGCCGCAUUGCUAUCCGCGGAGGUGUUGCGCAUCUACGACCCGCUUCUGCCGACAUGUGUCACUACCGAUGCGUUCGGCUAUGGCAUUGGUGUCGUCCUCGAGCAACAUGAUGGCGUGGACUGGCACCCUAUCGAGUACUUUAGCAAGAAAGUGUUCGCCGUGCACUCGAUCGACGAUGCACGGAAGAAUGAAUUAUUGGCCUUCGUACACACGCUCAAGCGCUGGUGGCAUUUUAUCCUCGGCUUCUGGCGCACAUCCACAUGUAGAGUUGAGACAAGGGGUGGUACAGGGACCACUCCUUAUACAAAGGAGCAGGAGCAGGAGGCCGCGGGGAUAUUGGCCGAGCAGAAGGCCAAGAGAGAAAAAAAGGAGUUGCAGAAGAAGGCGAAGAAGUUGGCACCCUUGGAAGAGAAAGCAAAAAAGGAAAACGAGUUGGAGGAGUUGAGGGGGCUGCAGAAGGAGAAGGAAGAAGUUGCAGCCUCAGUUGAUGAAGAAGAAGAAGAAGAAGAGAUUUCCCUGGAAAGAAAUGUGAAGAGGGAGGAAAGAGGGGAAUCGAGUGGCAUGAAUCCAAUAGACACAAGGCUGGAGAAAAUGGUGACUGAGUGGGUGGCAAACCUGUCGCUGGGGGAAGAAGAGGAGGCAAUGCUAUAUGUUCCCCAAGCCGAGAGGAAGGCAGCGGUGAAGGAGAUUCAGACGGAGACUAAUGGUGAUGGCGUAAAGCAUGAGGACAGUAAGAUCGCAGCAAUCAGAAACUGGCCAACCCCACGUACACUCACAGAGCUGCAAUCGUUCUUAGGAUUGGCUAGCUAUUACAUGAAUUUCGUAAGGAACUUCUCUGCAAUCGUUGCUCCCUUUCACAGACUGCCAAAGAAAGAGGCAAUCUGGAAGUGGGACCAAGAUUGUACGUUGACCGUGAAGAAGUUGAAGUGGGCCUUGAUAGAGUACCCAGUCCUCAAGGUAGCUGACCCAUCCUUAUCCUUUGUUGUUACAACUGAUGCGAGUCAAUAUGGAAUUGAUGCCGUUUUACAGCAGAACGACGACAAUGGGUAUAGACCCGUAGAGUUCAGGUCCGCUAGGAUGCCUUUGGAGAAGGUUGCGACAUCUACCUAUGAAAGGGAACUCUACGCUCUUAGGCAAGCAUUAGACCAUUGGAGACAUUACUUGCUUGGAGACACUGCAAAGUCUGCUCAGACCACGAAACUCAUAGAGCAGUAUGACUUCGAGCUCGAGUACAUCAAGGGCGAGUACAACAAGGUUGCUGAUGCGCUGUCGCAUAGACGUGAUUUCUCAGGUGCGCUGAUUACCGAGUUCGAUCUUACGGACGAUGUUACUCGAUCUUUGGUGGAAGCCUAUUGCGAGGAUCGGUUCAUGUCUGAGAUCAUACGCAGACUUGAGGCGAAGGAUGAGAAGACUUAUGUGGAGUUUGAGUUGGUCAACGGCUUGCUGUUCCUUGAGAAGGCAGGGAAUAAACGAUUGUGUCUGUACGUGGAGACUUGUCAGGUCUGUCAGAGGGACACGCCACGUACUCCGGUUCCUCUUGGGCUCCUGAAGCCCCUUCCGAUUCCGGAAAGGCCCGGUGAGAGUUUGUCCAUGGUGGAUAUGCUGGUCACCAGCAAGAGCGGGAUGAGACAUAUCUUCGUCAUCGUGGAUAGAUUUAGUAAGUAUGCUAGGUUGAUAGCCAUGCCAGAGACUGCAAAGACCGAGUACGUAAUCAGACUAUUCAAGGAAAAUUGGGUCAGGGAUUUUGGUUUGCCUAAAUCCAUUGUGAGUAACAGGGAUGUCCGAUUCACCAGUGAGUUGUGGAAGGCCGCUGCUGCCGAACAGGGAACACAGUUGCAGAUGACCUCUGGGAAUCACCCAGAGGCCAAUGGCCAAGCCGAGCAACUGAACUGUGCUGUACAACACCUGUUGCAGCAUUACAUCAAGCCCAAUCAGGUGGACUGGGAUGAGAAGCUGGCUCUCAUCUCCAGCCUGUACAAUAACGCUGUACACAGCGCCACCGGGGUGAGCCCAAACAGCUUACUACUGACCUUCAAGCCUAGACUGCCCUUAUAUUUUCUCCUUCCUGAGAACCAGCCAACUGYUGCACCGGGUACCUUAGAGUUCGUUUAUCGUUACGAACAGAAAAUGCAGCAGGCAGUAGAACAAAUGCAAAAGGCACAGGCGGCAAUGAUAGAAUCUGAAAACAAACACUGCCGCCCAUCUACAUUCCAGGUUGGGGACAGAGUUUGGUGUAAGUCCUCAGAAUUGGGACAGGAGCAUGGGAUCUCCCGCAAACUCAUGCCUCAAUACUUUGGGCCAUGGGAGGUCUUAGAUAUAGUCGGGAUGGAUCCGGACGGGCCUUCUUACGUAAUCCGGAUCCCUGGUCAUCUCCGCACAUAUCCUGUCUUUCACGCUUCUAAGCUUGCACCGUUCGAGGAAACAGAUCAGUUUCCCUCUCGUCGCUCAAUGCUGCCCCCAACCAUGGACGGAGAGGUGGACAUCGAUGACAUUGUGGAUCACAGGGAGCUGCCAGUGCCAAGACCGACCGGCAGGGGACGUCCUCCGACACCGAAGCUGCAGUACCGCGUUUGGUUCCGGCAUCAUAUUGACCCAAAGGAAGAUCGAUGGUUCACCAGGGAGGAACUCAUGCAGACCGCUCCUCAGGUUGUAGCCCAAUGGCAAAAGAAAGCUACCGGGAAAGUCAAAGGCAACCCAACAAAGAUCAACACCAGCCCCAUUACGGAUUCACGGGUGAUUAGGGAGGAGAAAGCAAGGGAAGAUUUGCUGUGGGAUCUUGACACAGUAAGGGAACAGAUCGAACAGGAGUACAACAAGGAAACAGGCUCUUUCAGAGAACUACUGAAGCAAGUCGUGCAGCAAACCUACAAGAGAAGGAACAAAUCACAAGUCGACAACAAACGCCAACUACAAGGCGAUGCUGGAUCGUCUGAGAAAGAAUCUGGUCCAAAGAGGAGGGCUGAAGAAUCAACAGGAAGAAAGGAAACGAGACUGACAGAAACAGGGGCCGAAGGGGAAGGAAUGGACUUGGAUCUGAUGGGAGGGCAGGCAGACAAAGAAUCUGAGGGGAAGGAAACAACUCUUGAAGCGACCCCCACGGAAGAAGAGGACGCUUCCACACAGUCCCUGGCUUGGCUUAGAGACUAUGUGGAGUGGGCAAAAAGGGAAAGAGAACAUGCAUUUGAUAUCCGUGUAGCCUGCUUGAAACACACAGAGAGAUCCCAGGCGAACGGAAAAAGAGAUGCAUCAGCAGGAAGCAAUAGCUCCUCUAACCAGUACGAAAUCCUCAAGAAAGUCAAACCUGAAGAAUUCUCUGAAUAUGCGGCUUUCAGAUACGCAGAGAAGAAAAGGGCAAGGGAACAAGGAACUGAGGACAAGGACAAGACCAUCCCCACAACCAAGGACAACUUCCAGGAUUUACGACCCAAGGCAAGGAAAUUGGGCAAGAACCAGAAACGAAAGGACACGAACAUUGAUCAAACCGAGGCGGAAGAGAAAUCGGAACGAGACCUCUUGGAGAAAGAGGCGGCUGUAUAUCGCACCAGGGGGUUGAGGACAUUGGCGGAGGCGGAGGCUUACGACUCGCAGAAGAAAAAGCGAGAAACUGAGGCCAGCUUAAGGAAAGCAAGGGAGAGUGCAGCUUACUUAUACAGUGGCAAGAGUAGCCAUCGAGCAAAUAGGUACCUGAACAGGGAGAGGACCGGGGAUGGAACAGCGGGGAUACCUGCAGCAGGGGUAGAUGCUGGUGGGGCCCUACCUGCAGGAGUUGCGGGUAGUCAACGGGAGUCGCAGAAGUUUGCUCUCAGGGGAGAAAGAGGAGGUAGCGCAGGGUCUGCAGGAACACCCUUGGCCGGACCGUCAACAGGAGGGAAUAUACCCAUGAGUAGCAUGGCAGUCCUCUCCAGUUUGAGCAGUAAGGGAGCAAGGAAAGGUGGUGCUAUACUUGACGUCAAUGCACACUUAGGAGCAGAUCUUCUCUCAGAAAAGGAGAAGGAGCUUUGCUCCCAAUGUCGUCUGCUUCCAGUUCACUACUUGAAGAUGAAAGAAGCCCUCAUUAAGAAGAGUGUCAUCUCCGGGUAUGUGGUGCGGUCAGAGGCAUACACAAUGUUCAAGGUCGACCCACUAAAACUGGAUCGGAUUUACGACUUCUUCCUCUCAAAGGGCUGGAUACCUGGCGAUCCAAAUCUGGGAAGCACAGGGGGACAGGUGGCAGCUGCCACUCCAAAUGCAGCAAAUGCUGGGCCUCAAGAUCAGGUUUCCCAAGAGGGAAAUGUUGGCAAGCCUGGGCCUCUGCAAAGAGGAGGGGGAGCAGGAGGGGGAGGAGGAGGGGGAGGUGAUGGGCCUGUGAACACCCAAACAGAGGGAAAUCGAGAGAGGGCUAACAUGGCAUUUGGGGCGGCAAUGUCAGAGAAGGGGCAAAUUUUGGAGGGAGAAAUGGGGCUUCGAGCCGGGGGUGUGCUUGGGAGAUCCAGCUCUGGGCGCGAGAGCAUUGGAAAGGUGGAGGGUUCAGAUCUAACUGCCACACUGCCGGUACUCGAGAGAGGGGGCACAGCAGGAGGCGAUUAGUGUUGUCUGUUCCUCUUUGCUGAUUGCCUUUUUGCUUUUCCUUUUUCAUGCUGUUGUGUUUCCCAUCUUUUCUUGAAAUUAUUAUUUGUUGGACAGCCACAUCAGUUUGAUGUUCCCUUGAUGCUAUUGUGGAUUAGUGGCUCUCGUAAUCGCAGUGCUAUGCUCUUAGCUUUUUCAGCUUUCGUCUCCUGUUCAUGUAUAUGGUUGGGAUCAUUUAUUCUAUCACUGUUAAGGAGGUCGUCCUUCCAGAGAUAUGGACAGAACAAUCCCUUUAGAUGUGCAAGCGGGUGCAGAAUUGUGAAUAUGGAUUGGGCAUCUGCCAAACACCAAAACUCGGUCUUUCCGGUUGGUCUUAGAGGCGGAACGUACCCCCCAUGUGGGGAACACGAAGGCCACAACAUG